AAGCCUGUGUCAGAGCAGGCAAAGAAAUAGGAGCUGCACAAUGGAGCACUACAUCUUUGCAAUACUGUUUCUGAUCUUGACUGUGGAGUCAGCUUCUUCAACGGAUAAUGGAUUCUUCCUCUCAGCCCCCGGAGUUUUUCAUGUGGGUGUUAAUGAGAAAGUGUUUGUCCAGAUGGGAAAGACUCAUUGUAACCAUCCUGUUACUCUCUACCUGGAGCAUGAGACUGAGCUUGUUGUUAUGUCUGAGAAGAAAAUUACUAUGUGUACUGGGACAGAGAAGUUCAAAACCGUUGAGCUCAAGAUUAAAAGAGAAUUUGUAUCAAUGUUGCCUCACCCAGAUAGACUUAAAUACCUUCUGCUGGUGGCAGAGAGCCCCUCCUUCAGUCCCAGGAAGACAACAAGGGUCCUGAUAUCAAAACACAGAGGAAAUAUUUUCAUUCAGACUAAUCAGCCAAUUUACAACCCAACACAAAAAGUGAUUUACAGGAUAUUCACUCUUGACCACAAGUUCAGGCCUACUGAGGAAGCGAUCACUAUAUCAGUUAUUAAUGCUGCUGGGAACCAAGUAAUGAAGUCCCAAAAGUCUGCAAAGGGAGGAAUUCUAAAAGCCACAUUUCCCAUCCCUGAUGUCUCAAAAAUGGGCACAUGGAAGAUUACAGCACACUAUGAAAAUGAUGAGGAAAACACUGCUUCCCGAGAGUUCAAAGUUAAAAAAUUUGUUUUACCAAGUUUUGAGGUGAACAUCGCAAUGGAGCAGCGCUAUAUUUUGUUAAUUACUGAACAGUUUAACUUCAACAUCUUAGCAAGAUAUUCACAUGGCGAGAAAGUUCAAGGGGCUUACCACUGCCAAUUUGGUGUGGCAAAAAAAGUGACAACCCCUGGUCAAAAAAUGAAACCUGUCUUUAUCAAGAGACUGGAGUUGACUGGUUCGGUCAAGAAUGGAGCUGCAGCAGCUACUCUCCAGAUAGCAGAUUUACGCAACCAACUCAAAAUUCAGCAGAAUAAAAGCCUCUCCGAAUUACAGCAGAGUGGAGCCCAGAUCUACUUGGGAGUAUUUGUCACCAACAUACAAAGUGGGGAAAUUCAAGAGACAGAGGUGUACCUUCCUAUCAUCUCCCACAAAUACACUGUGGAUCUCUCUCGAACUCGCACAUAUUUCCUUCCUGGAUACCCGCUGGAUGUAGUGGCAGUCGUGCGUCACCCAGAUGGCUCCCCAGCUGCUGGAGUGCCAGUAAAGAUUGAUGUAACAUCAGAGAAACCUUGGCAAGGCACCACUGACCAGGAGGGGGCAGUGUUUCCUGUUUUUAAUAUUCAAAAUGAGGCUCAGAUUACAGUUAUGGUGACGGCAGAUGGCCUUCAGACGGAGAAAGUGAUUCAGAAAGCUUUUUCUCCCAGUAAUUGCUUCCUUUACAUGAGUUUUACCAACAGGGUGUAUUCUGUGGGCGAGACACUAACUGUUAACUACAACACCAUCAAUGGCCCAACACAAGAUUCUAUAUACUAUAUGGUUUUUAGCCGUGGGAGCCUAAUAAACCAGGGUUCUGUAAGUUUUGGUACUUCAGUUAGAAACAACCUUCAGAUAACAUCUGAUAUGGUGCCUUCCUUCCGUCUGAUUGGCUACUACUACAACAAGAAUGGUCACAUCAUUGCAGACUCAGUGUGGGUGGAUGUCAUGGAUGAAUGUGAGAUAAAGGCCAAGGUGGAAUCAAAAGGACCAUUCAAACCUGGAAAACAGUCUCUGCUAGAAUUUGAUUUCCAUGGUCAGAAAGCCAAAGUGGCUAUGCUGGCUGUGGAUAAAGCCAUCUACGCUCUCAAUGUCGAUAAUAAACUCACAGCCAAACAGAUGUUUUCGUCUAUGCAGUCCUAUGAUCUUGGUUGCACAUACGGUGGAGGAGCUGACCCUGAAUCUGUACUUAUAGAUGCUGGACUGUCUUUUUUAUCUCAGUCACAGGCAAAUUGGAGAAAAAGUAUUUCCUGUAACUCACAAGCUGCAAGACAAAAGCGCUCUGUGGACCUUCAACAGGAAAUGAUGUCCUUAAAAUCAAACUUUUCCAAUGAGGAGUUUCAAGGCUGUUGUGUUCAAGGGUUUUCUCUUAUCCCUAUGACACUCACAUGUAUGGAAAGAGUGAAGAGAAUCAAUCUUGUGAAAGCAAAACCUGGUUGCAAAGAUGCCUUUUUAAAAUGCUGCCUUGAAGGAGAGCGUCUGAGAAAAAAAAAGAUGCAAGAGGAUGCCCAGAAUGAACUUGGCAGGACUUCCAGCACAGAUGACAUUGAAGAGUUCUUUUUGGAUACUGCUGCUCAGUACAUUCGAAGAUUUUUCCCCCCAAGCUUUGCAUUCACAGAAUUUGAUGUAAAUGGAAAAGGAAGCUAUUAUUUGGCUCUCCCUGAUUCCAUCACCACGUGGGAGAUUCAGGUGGUCACUUUAUCUGCAGCCACAGGUUUCUGUGUCGUUAAGCCGUCUGAGGUCAGAGCAUUCAACAGCAUAUUUGUGUCUCUGAGAUUGCCUUACUCCGUGAAGAAAUAUGAGCAACUGAUGAUUUCACCUAUUAUCUACAAUUAUGGCGAUGAUAAACAACAUUUGGCAGUUCACAUGGAACAAACGGAGGGGCUUUGCUCAGCCGGCUCAGCCACCAUGACAGCUUUUGUCAACAUUACUGUGGAGCCGCAGUCUACGCAGUCUGUCUCCUUCUCUGCUGUCCCCAUGGUAACCGGCCAGAUACCCAUCAAAAUCCGUCUGUAUGAUAUAGAAAAUGACAUGGGAAGAGAUGCCAUUGAGAAGACUUUGAAUGUGUUGACUGAAGGAUUAGAAACGAGAGUAGAAGAAACCAAAGUGCUAAAAUUAGAUGGGAGGAGCACAAAGACUUUCACUAUUGACGGAUCUCUACCAGAUGACGUAGUCCCUGACUCCGUCUCUAAUAUUUUCAUUUCAGUCGAAGGUGAUGGAUUUGGCAGUUCACACGCAAAAAACCUUCUUUCUCCUGAUAAGGUUGCGCGACUGAUCGCAUUGCCUACAGGAUGUUUAGAACAGACAAUGAAGAAUCUGGCCCCUACAACUUCAGCCCUCCGCUACCUUGACCUGAGUGACCAAUGGUUUGACCUGCCUGCUGGUACCAGAGAUGAUGCUAUUGAUAAAAUUGAAGAAGGUUAUGUAAGGAUUUUAGGUUACAAGCAACCAAAUGGAGCUUAUAGUGCAUGGGGCUCAGUGCCAUCUAGUAAUUGGGUGACUGCCCUUGUAGUGAAAGUGCUAUCCCUGGUGGCGCAGCGUCAGACAGUGGCUUUCGGCCAGCAGGGUAGGAAGGCGAGGGUUGUGCCAGAAGGCGAGAUCAGGAAAUCAGUCAGAUACUUGCUUUCAGUACAGAAAACCGAUGGGUCAUACCAUGACCCACAUCCAGUGCUACACAAAGGACUUCUGGAAGACCAAGAUGACAAAGCAUCCGUGACGGCUUUCAUUAAUAUUGCACUGUACCGGUCUCUUCAAUUCCUAAAUAAUGAAUUAAAAGAUAAAGUGAACGCAAGUAUGUCAAGAUCUACAUCAUAUCUUCUGACACACCUUGAGGAGCUUCAGCAUCCCUACGCUGUUGCCCUUACAGCCUACUGCCUUGCAGUUUGCAUGCCACAGGGAACAAUUCAUUCAUCUGCCUGGGCAAAACUUCAAACACUGGCUACUGAAGUGGAGAAUGGCUGUUAUCUGUGGACAGCUAGUGCCAGCCCACAGAAUCAGAAGGCAGAUACCAUCACAGUAGAGACUACAGCUUACGCCUUACUAGCUGCAGUGGAACUGGGGCAUACCGAGACGGCAGACAAAACCGCCUGCUGGUUAACCACCCAAGAAAACUACUUUGGUGGCUAUACAUCAUCACAGAAUACCAUCAUGGCAUUGGAAGCUCUAGCGGAAUAUGAGAUAAAGAGGGCCGCCAGACCCGAAACAAAUCUCAUAGCAGAGUUCACGGCCAAAGGAAAGAGAGAUGUUGUAAAGCUUACACUGAAUAAUAAGAAUGAGAGAGUGGAAACAGACCUUAAGAAAUUAGCAGGGAACAACAUUAAUGUGAAAUUGACAGGAACGGGCGACACCAAGUUGAAAAUUGUUAAGGCUUACCAUCUGCUGGACUCAAAGGACCAUUGUGACAAAGUGUCCAUCAGUGUCAGAGUAGAAGGCAAAGUGAAGUAUACAGCUAAGAUCCUAGAAAACUACGACUACUAUGAGGACUACUCUAUCAAUGAGGAGAAGGAGGCGCGAGUGACACGAUCGGCAAUUGAGUGGUUUGAUGCUCGCACCAGAAACAGAAGAGAUCUUGAUAACAACGUCAAUUCAGAAAAUACUGUCACCUACUUUGUCUGUGUCAGUCAUAGCCUAGACCGCAAUCUCACAGGAAUGGCUGUUGCUGACAUCACACUUCUGAGUGGAUUUCAGGCUGAAACUCAGGGCCUGGAUAAGCUGACACAACUACCUGAACAAUACAUAGCCCAUUAUGAGGCCACCUAUGGAAGAGUGGUGCUGUACUUCAAUGAGCUCUUUGAAUCAAAGGAAUGCAUUAGCUUCGACGCUCAACAGAUCGUACCAAUUGGCCUUCUCCAGCCUGCUCCAGCUGUCUUCUAUGAUUAUUAUGAACCAGACAGAACGUGUACUGUGUUUUACUCGGCCCCCCAAAGAAGUACGAUGACCUCCAAGCUGUGUUCAGCGGAUGUGUGCCAAUGUGCAGAAAGACCCUGUCAUAAAAUGCAAAACGCAUUCCAACGACGUCCAAAAAUGACAAAACAUGUCCGUUUCCAAUUUGCUUGCUUCUUUCCUGUAGUAGAUUACGCAUACAAUGUUGAAAUCCUAAAUGUUACCACGAAGAGUAACUUUGAGCUAUACACAGUGAAUGUAAUGGAGGUACUCAGAUCACAUGGAGAUAUCCUUGUGAGUGAGAAUUCUGUCCGAGUGUUUGCUAAGAGGUGUCAGUGUAAAGGACUUUUAGACUUGGGAAAGCAGUAUCUCAUCAUGGGCCAAGAUGGCGCCACAACUGACUCAAACGGAAAGAUGCAGUACCUUCUGGAGGCAAACACUUGGGUUGAAAGGAAACCUAUGAAGGACACAUGUAAAAAAUCUGCAUAUGAAUCUGCCUGCAGAGAGUUCUAUAGUUUUACAGAGGAGUACAAGCUAGAUGGCUGCAGACAGUAAAACACACAGCUCCUUUUCAUUUAACAUUUUAUGCUAAAGAGUAAAGAAAGCAUUUAAAAUAAACACAUACAGAGGCAUUGUUGCUAGCCAGACAGUAGUUAAAACAGUGACUCAGCCCACAGUAUGAUUGUAUAAUUUACAACUCACAAUGUAACCAAUUAAUCGUGUCUUUAUGUCUAAUAUUGCUACCAGUGUUUGAAACAUAUAUAUAUAUAUA